AUGGCUCUACUUCUCGUGGCUAGUGUCUUGAUAGCAACAGCUCGUGGAGAAGAAGAUGAACGGGUUGGGUACUACAUUCCCAGCGGAGCAACAGAAGCAAGCGUGGCAUCGUGUGACUUUAUCACUACAGCAGUUGAGCAAUGGAGCACGGUAGGAAGUAUUGGAGUAUGCGUUUUGACGGAGGCCAGCAGCCGUGGCACGAGUACUUCCCCGAAGAUGACCACCAAUUACUUUGUGGGGAAGUCUUGUGAUGGGUCGUCGUCGUUGACGGGCCAUUAUAUUGCCAGCGCCGACUCGCGGACGGUUUCUAUAACGGUCCACGUGGGAUGCUAUCGUGACUGCGCAACAGUAACCGUGUUCCAGACGUCCCCCUCCGGGCUCCCCUCCGCCUCCUUCAUCGGCUGCCCCGAGCUCCUCGGCCUUCCCCCUGAGGCCCGAACCGUGUACCGCGAGCUUCCCCGGGGCAUCACCACCGUUGCCUCCUCCCCUCCUGUGGACGGCUGGGACCAUGUGACCACUAAGAGUCCGACGUCAACCUCGACGUCAACUGAGACCGAGACCACCACGGAGAGCACGGCAGACACGUCUCAAAUGACGAGUAGCGAGACGGAGACGAGCACGCAAACUGGCACGCCUGAUGGAACGGGGUCGGAUCGAGGAGAAAAUGGUCAGGACAAUAACAGCAACAACACACCUGUCAUUGUAGGCGCCGUUGUGGGCUCGGUGGGGGGGAUUGCUCUGAUCGCGCUGGCUUUUUUUCUGGGCCGCAGAUUCGCCGCAUCGAGGAGGUCUACCGUCAAUAACAACACCACCAACACCACCAACACCAUCAACCCGGGCGCCCCGCCGCCAAAUCCAUAUCAAGGCAAGCCAGAGUUGGAAGGGACACAUGGGGUCAAACCAUCACACGCAAGCUAUUACACCACCUCCACGCUCACACCAGAUCAAGGCGCUUGGGCUGGGGGACAGGGGCCGUUUCAUCCGCAGCAGCAGCAACAACAGCAGCAGCAGCAGCAGCAGCAGUUUCCACAAUACCCGCCUCAGCAGCAGUAUCAAUAUCCACCUCAGCAAAUGCCAGCCAGCUCGCCUACUGCGGGGAGUCCCUACGAUAUUCCAGGAGCGUACCAGCACCAACAGUAUCACCAGCCUCAAGUUCCAUAUACCCAUCAAUAA